UUUAAGUAAAGAACUUUAAUCAUAAUUUAACAAAAUGGAAGACGAGAAAAACGAAUCUAUUCAGAACUUUAAGGCAAUGGCCGAGUGAGAUGAUGAUGGUAUUGCUUUCCAAUACCUUGACAGUAACAACUGGGAUCUUGCGCAGGCUUAUGAUCAAUAUCAGAACACUCAUCAGUUCAAUCAGAGCAAUCCUGCAAAUACACCAGCUCCAACUUCAUUUCCAGGUGGAGCAGAUGUAGAUAUGAGUCCAGGCGCCGAUGCUGAAGAAAGCGCUUUUGAUGAUAUCCCUGACAUUCCAAACAUCGGAAUUCCUCAGAUGGAUCAACCAUCUCCAGUUCCUCAGGAGAGUAAUGCCCCAGGGUCUGGCUUGGGCAACAUUACAUCCCAAUUCUCUAACUUUGCCAGCUCAAUACAAAGUAAUUUACAAAAUCUGACAGGUGGCAUGUUCUCAGGAGUCAUGGGAGGCGGUAUGAUGGGCACUGGCAUGAACACACAGUCCAAUUUCAGCAACAGGAAUCUGACUGCAGCUCAAGAGUUCUUAUUUCAAUUCAGGAAAAAGAACGGAAUGCAUGUGAUUCUACCGAAAUUUGUCAACAAUACUUUUGAGGAAAUCGGUCAGGAAUCUAAGAGGCUCAGGAGGCCAGUGUUCUUCUACCUUCAUAAUGACAAAGGAGAUUCCUGUAAUAUUGUAGACCAGAGUGUCAUCGGAGAAGAAAUGACCAGGAUGCUUCUAAACAAGUACAUCUGUGUAGGAGUCAACAAAUUCCAAAAGCGCCAUUUAUCGGAAUCACCUAUAUUGAUGAAAAUGGGACGCUUCAAAAUAUAGGCUCCAGGUCCGGAGAUGAAAUCAACGUCAUGGCUUUAUCCGAGAUGGAUGAAGCAGCCAGUGGGGUUUUCAAUGCCAUAUUUGAUGGAGACACGACCGAUCUCACUUUUCAUAUUGAAGACAGUAAUCUACAAUUAUUGGAGACAGAGGAAUUCAAAGCUGAAAUUAGUGCCCAGAUGGGAGACAGGACAUUCGAUGGAUACAAUGAAGAGCCUCCUAGAAGGAGAGGACCAGAGAUAGACCCUACAACUGGAUUCCCAGUCGGAAUGACUCCUCAGCAGAUUCAGGAUAAGAUCCUAAAGGAUCAGCAGAGGCAAGAAUAUGCUGAAAUCGAUGAAAAGAACAAAGUUUUGAUAGAAGAGAGAAAAAAAUAAGCAAGAGGAAAAUAACUUGAAACGGAAGGAAGAGCUUGAGAAAAAAGCAAAAAUUGAAAAGCUAGAAGAGGAGAAGAAGGAAAUGGCAGAAAUAGUCAGAUCUAAUCUGCCAGAAGAGCCUUCAGAAGGCACACCUGAUACUAUCACCAUACAAUUUAGAUUCCCUGAUGGAAACCAUAAGCAGGUUCGCAGAUUCUAUAAGACUGAUAAAGUUCAAUUACUUUACGAUUAUAUCACGUCAUUUGGGAAUGAGAAUGGAUUUGAGGCUGCUCAUACUCAUUUCUCUAUUAUCCAGAACUUUCCAAAGAAGUUCUUUGAGGACAUGAACAAAACACUUGAGGAAGAAGGGUUAUCAAACUGCACCCUUAUGAUCAAAGAGCAUUCGCAUGUAGAAUAA